AGAGAAUGGGGAUGGGGCCAGGUUGCCAUGGUUGGUCAUUGUACAUAGGCACUAGAGGCCAUGCUGGGUGGGCACAGUCACUGCUGCAGCCUCACAUCCUCAUCUGGACAUGGCUGAGCAGGGCCCCUGGAGCUGGUCCCAAUGUGUUUCCUUCUAUUCUUUUGACAGGAAGCUCCUGGAGAGCCAGUCCCCACCCCCAUCCCGCCCCAGCACUCCCUCUCUCUUCUCCACUAUGGACAGAGCCUCCACUGAGCUGCUGCCUGCCCGCCACAUACCCAGCUGACGUGGGCACCGCAGGAGCCAUGCAGCUGUGCUGGGUGAUCCUGGGCUUCCUCCUGUUCCAAGGCCACAACUCCCAGCCCGCAACGACCCAGACCUCUAGCUCUCAGGGAGGACUUGGCAGUCUAAGUCUGACCACAGAGCCAGUUUCUUCCAACCCAGGAUACAUCCCUUCCUCAGAGGCUAACAGCCCAAGCCAUCUGUCCAACACAGGUACCCCAGGCGCAGGUGUCCCCAGCAGUGGAAGAGACGGAGGCACAAGCAGAGACACAUUUCAAACUGUUCCCCCCAAUUCAACCACCAUGAGCCUGAGCAUGAGGGAAGAUGUGACCAUCCUGCCCAGCCCCACGUCAGAGACUGUGCUCACUGUGGCUGCAUUUGGUGAGAGCGGGAGGAGAAGGAGGUUCUGGCUGAUGAGGAAGACCCCUGUGGGAGGGGGGCCCCUGCCCCUCCAGUCAGCUCUUCUUGGCUGUGCUGGGUUCCAUGUUUUCAUGCAGGGAUGGAGUUGGGCUGGAGAGCCCACUCUGGCUAGGGGGCAGCAGGCUGAGAGCUCACCUGUUCAGCAGAGAAGUGGAACUCACUUUGCUCCUGGAGCCUGUCUACACAGUGUUAUCAGCUUCAUUGUCAUCCUGGUGGUUGUGGUGAUCGUCCUAGUCGGUGUGGUCAGCCUGAGGUUCAAGUGUCGGAAGAGCAAGGAGUCUGAAGAUCCUCAGAAACCUGGGAGUUCAGGGCUGUCUGAAAGCUGCUCCACAGCCAAUGGAGAGAAAGACAGCAUCACCCUUAUCUCCAUGAAGAACAUCAAUAUGAAUAAUGGCAAACAAAGUCUCUCAGCAGAGAAGGUUCUUUAAAAGCAACUUUGGGUCCCUGUGAGUCCAAGGAUGAUGCAGCUGCCCUGUGACUACAAGGAGGAAGAGAUGGAAUUAGUAGAGGCAAUGAACCACAUGUAAAUUAUUUUAUUGUUUCAUGUC